UGGCGGACCCGUCCCCAGACUUUGACAGAGUCUGUGACCUGUAUAGACCUCACGCAGUUGGCCAAAUCCCGCACUUUCUGGCCUAACGAAAAUCGUGCAAGACAUUGAUCGGCGAGCGGCAGCCAGUAUUGGGCAAAGACACAGCGAUGGCGCUACCUCUCAACAAGACUCGACUACUGUACUUGGAAGCACUCCCGCACAACAGCACUACAGCCGAAUCGUUGGAUCCUGGCGAUCACAUCGGGACGGUCGUUCAGGUCACCAUCAAAAGCAGAAACCCAAGUCCUUCGAAGGUGGAACUGGCCAUAUUCGCUAUAGAGCAGCAUGAUAUCACGACGGCUAUAGAGACACUACUGCUUGGACAUGUCAACGGUUCUGACUCGGAGGGGCUUCCAAAGCGCGUGGUCAUUCGAGAAGACAGGCUGCUGGGGUACGUUCUUGUUGGCGAGCGACGGAAAUGGUCGUACGGACAACGCAAAAAAUUCUACUGGGGCAGAUAUCCGUUAAGGAGUAGCGAAGAUAAAUGGAUAUUCUACUUCGAGACCACGAAAUUGCCGCUUAGCUAUACAGGGCGUCGAGUAUGAAAAAGAUUGUGUGUAGUUUGACGGCGAAUCGAUUGUGGUGACU